AUGGCCAUAAUUACCUUCCAAACGUUCCCUCUCAUCUCUGCCUGUCAUAUUUCACUUCUGGUUCGUAUUCUAGCCCUCAUAAUCCAAUUCCAUGGGUUUCCUUUGAUCUCCAGUUGUCUCUGCAUACCUGAGACCAUCAUAAGUGGCUUAAGUGAAAUAUUCGAAGGUGAUAUUCCGCCUUUUCUAAAAUCCUUGCAUCGGGGACUGGCAUUUGUUCCGAUAAUCAUUGCACUUCUCGAUAAUCCCCGCGAUGACGGCAUUGAGUGCAGACUCAUCGAUGAUGUCUUAACAAAAUACCACUUCCACCGUUUGGUUAGACUGAAUCGAAGGCUGGAUCAUUUUCGUACCCCGUGUAAUGACAGGGACGUUAUUCAUGCAUUUGUUAGAGUAUGGGAAUGCGCGGUUCAAAUUACCUGCACGGCUUCUCUAUACAAUGCGUGCAGUUACAUGGCUCUUCACCGCAAUACAGACGAUACAUCACAGCUUCCGGACCCAGAACCUCUUAAUAUUUAUCGUCAAAGAAUUAUUGAAUGCCUCCAGAACACUGAUAGGCUCUGCGAAGUCGUUGAUCGGUAUCGCGAGGCCGUUGAUCACUACAAAACGCCUGUCGGCAAACGAAGCGACUCUGGGGACAAGCAAUACUGCAAUGAGUUCGACUUCCAAGUGAAGGCUUUCAUUGAACACGUUGAAGGAUUACGGGAUCGGCUCUCGAAAAUGAGAGUUUGGAAGCGAACUUGGUGUCGACCCCUGGUCGAGGAUUUCAAUCAAGGUCUAAAUCGCUUCUAUGUGGAUACCACAAUGAAUUAA